GUUUGUCAUUCAUCUCUAACCGGGCAAUGGAAGAACGUGAUUUUGAGUACUUUAAACGUAAUUUUGAGCUAUCUAGAAAUGCAUAAUCUUGCCAAAUAUGUCACCUUGACAUGUCAAACAUGUCCAAUUUUGAUUUCCCUGCAGAGUUACAGCACCGAUAAAAAAAUGAGAUCAUGUCUCCCCAGUCUCCCCUACUAUAUAAAUCCUCACUGCAUUCGAUGGGAAAAACCAUCGCCUAGUGGCAUGUAGAUGUACCGUUUAUGUCAUUGAUCCCACAUAUUCCAAUGAAUCACUUUCCACCACUAGACUAUCUGCAACAAGAUAAUUAUAAUUAGCUCAUUAAAAAACUUGCGGUCCAUCACUCACAAAGUCCACAACGAAAGACAUUGACUCCUGAUCGACCCCAACAAGAGCGGGAGAGACUCUAAAAACGAUAGAACCACCUGUCGUCACUGCACUUGUCCGUCGCUCGAUCACUGGCACGUGGAUCAGAACAGCGCAUUGAACCGGUUCUGCCGCCUGCAGUUCAAACCGUAAUCCUCGCCCAGCCACAGCCGAAGCGCAAUUAAAGUUCUCGAUUUUAUUUAACGACUCCUCCUGACCCGGGCAGUUGUUUGAAAUGUUUUGUCGGAAGAAGAAGAACUGCCUCGGUGGCUGUUUGGUGUUGCUCGUGGUGGGGGUGGCCAUGGCCUCAUCCGCUACACCACCCAGUAAAACCUUGACCAAUGCAGCACGGUACGGAUUGGCAGCUCACAGACAUCAUGUCAUCACCCACGAUGGAUACCGUCUGGCCUUGUACCGAAUUCGAUCGCAUGCUCACGCCCGAGGAAUAGUUCUGCUCCAGCACGGCAUUCGUCAAUCGUCCGCUGAUUGGUUGAUGAUCGAUCGAAACCUUCCGAUGCAGCUAUUGGAGGCUGGAUUCGAAGUAUGGCUAGGGAACUCCCGAGCAUCACCGGAAACGGUCCACAUAAAGCAUCUGAGGAACUCCACGGAAUUCUGGGACUUCAGCUUUAACGAAAUAGGAUACCUCGACUUGCCGGCCAUGAUCGACACCGUGUUGACGGUUGCCCGUAGGAGUUCGCUUCAAUUGGUUGGCUUCUCGGAAGGAUCUACGGCCUCGUUGAUCUUGCUUUCGGAACGGGUUUCGUACAACGCCAAGGUCGCCUCGUUGAAUGUGAUAGCUCCGGCUACGUUCAUGAUUAACAGUUUGAUAAAGCAGUUCGCCUACAUUUACGAAACAUUCCGCGACAGCUUCCCAGUGAGCCUUCAGGAGCUGGUGACCGGCAGUGAGAAACCGUUGAUCAAUUCGGCGAAGCAGUUAGAGCAUUUCCAUCAGCUGCUGGUGACCGGCCGCUUCCGACACUUCGACUACGGCGAGUGGGACAAUGUGAAGUAUUACGGAGUGGAAAGGCCACCUCCGUAUUCUCUGUGGAGGAUCACGACUCCGGUAACGGUACACUAUGGGACUGCUGAUGGGAUCGUGCCUCCGGACGAUGUUCGCAAUUUGGCCAUGCAGCUGCACAAGAGCACCAAGGUUCGCAUUGUUCAGCACGAUCGAUUCGACCAUCGGGACUUCAUGAUGCAACCGGAUGCUGCCGUUCGGGUGUAUCCUCGGGUGGUUUAUGCUAUUGUGGAGUCGUCGCAUUGAGAUCUGUGGGGUUAUGAUUUAAGUUGUUGAUAAACCAUUUUGAUGAUUGUGAUAAUUUUGAUAUGCUUUUAUUAAAGUUGUGGUAUCAAGGUG